AUGGCAAAAUCCUUCAUUAAUGUAGGCAUUAUUGGCACAGCAAUAUUUAUAUCAUCAAGCUGCCUGUUAAUGUUAUUCCCAGCCACAGCUUCCAAGUCAAGGUGCCAGUGCAAGCCCAAGAUGACCACCCGGGAGUUCUAUUUCCACGACUUGGUCAGCGGGCGCCAGCCAACGGCCGUGCCCAUAGCGCACCCGAAGAAACCAUUUCCCAACUUGUUUGGCUAUCUCGUGAUGAUCGACGACCCGCUAACCGAGGGACCAGACAUUGGCUCCAAAGCCGUGGGCCGGGCCCAGGGGAUGUACGGCGGGUCGGGCCUUGAAACCAUUUCCCUAACCAUGGCCCUCACCUUUGUGUUCGACGAAGACAACAGCACGUUGAGCAUGUUGGGUCGCAACCACAUCACGGAUAACCCGAGGGAGAUGCCGAUUAUAGGAGGCACUGGAAAGUUCCGGAUGGCCGAUGGUUUUGCGCUCGCCAACACCGUCAGCUUCACCACCCAAGGGGACGCCGUUGUUCACUACAACGUAUAA